GCCGUUGUUCCUUGGCCAUGGAGAACCGGGCUUUGGAUAUAUAUAUUAUAUAGGUGCGCACAUAAUGUGUACCACGUUCGUGCCGAGUGUCACAGUCGAUGAUAUCGGUAAGAAUUGGUAAUAUUCUCGAAAAUUGCCCGCUGCCGGAGGGGUCGAAAAAAGUCGAUGGAAAAUUUGAAAAAUUAUUUUACAGUCGGUAUAGGUAUUAAAGAAAUUUUUCACAGGUUUUAGAAGAAGACCGACCCAAUUUUAGUGACGGUUUAUAAUAUACCAUACCUAGUUGCAGUUACACCUCGUUAGUUGUUCCGAGAAUAAGCUAAGGUGCAGCUCGUUGACGCGGAACGAUUUUGCUUAAUUCUCAUUCUUGGAAUGACAUUUUAUCAAGUUUUAACUUCUAGUACCUAAUUUGCUACCGGAAGGUAUUCCGAAUGAUCGGUUAUUAGCCCGUAGCCGAUAACGCGGUAACGAUGACGUCGGGGGGGAUUUUUAAAAAUUAUAAGACGAGCCGGUAGGUAUAAAGUUUCGACCGAAAGCAAUUCAUCCCGGUCGUCGCCAUUCCGCUUUGGCAAAAAUCGGGUAUAAAUGACCGGUAAUAUAACGGGAAAAAUAACCCGACCCUUGGGUUGCCUUAUAACGUGGUCCCCGCCCGGGGUAUAAUCUGCGUGUAUAAACGCGGAUGCUGUACACAGUAGAAACUGCGCGCGUUUAAGAGGGUUGGGGUACCACCGCCGCGAACACUUGUCCGAAUCCUCUGGUACACCGACAAACGAUGCACGAUGACGAACGGUGGCCAUGGGGUGGUAACCCGGCACGCGGUGGCCAAUGAAACGAGGGAGAAGCGGAGGUCGGCUUGUGAACACUUGCGAACACUUGUGACGACGUGUUGUCUAUCCCACACAGCCACCUUCGCAUCUGAAUCACUCCAAAAUUUUCUGGUCACUGUAGAGGAAAUUUCUGAUUUCCAAACUGACCGCUAUGAAUGCAACGAAAACAUUUACGCGUCGAUUCUUUUACCUGUCAAAUAACCGAACUUUCAUCUCAUUUUUGACGAUUGGAACGUGAAAAAUAAGACUCAAUAUAGGUAUAUCAAUUUUUGGAACCGAUAGAUCUUGAUUUCGAAUUUUCAUCAGAUUUCCGAGUGGAUUGCGAGUGGAAAAUAAAACUGAUAACGGAUCGAUUCCAGUUGGAUCUAAUCGUGUGCGAUCUGAGUACAUAUCCUACGAGGAGGCUAGUCAGCAAGUGCGGUAAUAAAUAAUCUUUGUUGAUGAUCUAUGCAAGCUAGCGAGAGGAUCGAAUGAAGAGAUGAAUUCGGUAAUCAACCGUUGAUUCAGAUGGGCCUCUCGUAAGUUAGAUCCCCGGACUCGAUGAGCGACCAUUGGUUUUGCAGCUGGGCCAAACAAUGUCCUUUCACAUCGAGCUUUUAUAGCCCCCGCAUCGAGGUAUCAAACGUAUCGGACUAUCCCUCGGACCGCUCAUAUCAAUCGGCAAAGCGAUUUGCCGAAGGAAUAAACAAUUUUUUGCAAAAGCGUAAAUAGCGAAACCAACUUUUUAGAGUUGACAUGGAGUCGAAAUUAAACGGAUGAUCUACGCCGCCAUUUACCGCUGUAUAAUUUCAGCGAUCGGGCAAAAGAAUAAAUUCAAUUAGUCGCACACGAUUGGUCUGCGAAAUUUUGAAAACGUAAUUACAGCAGUGUUACCGCCACCGUUUGCUUUUCCUCUAAAUGGCACACAAUGAUAAACCGGAUCACCUGGCAUCAAUGAACCGUCGGUCCUCCGCCCGUGCCGAGGCACCAUAAAGCGUGAUGGGGCGUCGGGCGUUCAGUGGGCCAAUAUUUCGAGUAUGAGAGUGAGCGCAUCCUGCACCUUGCUAGUGGGGUUCUUCUCCUUUUCAUUCUCCCUACCCCUUGUACACUAGCCCCUUUUCGAGCCCCCUGAUUUCCGAACCACAAACCAAAAGGGGACUCUUUAAAUACAAUUACACAUACACUUGCGCCAAGGGGGGGCCUCGGGCCCGUGGGGGGCGGGCGUUUAGAGGGUGAUUUUUGUGGUGGGAGGUAUAGCGAGCCAAAAUUCGCCCCCGCUGUAUUUAAGGCACGUGCGGGCUGCAGGUCAUCGUCAGUUGACACCUAACGGUCAAACAAUCCUCCUCGCAGAUCAUUGACUCGGUUGUAUCGCGGCAGUCAACGAAUCGCCUGAAUUAAACAACUGAAUAAAUCGGCGAGAAAUUUUCGAGUCACGAGUCGAUGUAGGAAUCGGCCGGAUAUCCAAAAGCAGUUCGAAACCAGUACCAAAAAUUUGUGUCAGCCAGUUUUUCGUUUUUGCGCCGCCGCGCAGACGACAGUACAAGUGUGUUUUUUUGAACAAUACUCGGAGACGAUACACGGCAUAGACAUAUUUUUUUAUGUAAAAGUGUUUGUUAGCCGGUAAGCGAAAUUCCGCAAUUUCAAUGUUAAUUGAGCAAUUACUGAGCUUCUCCGGGCACCACAUGUAUCCCAUAAUGGCUCAGAAUAAUCUGAUGAAGAGCAUCGAAGCUCUGAAGAAUACAAUUUCGCAAAGGUUUCCUCGAUCAUCGGUCAUUGCCGCGACGGCAUUGCCAAAAGACGCAUCGACGGAAAUCGUUCAAGUGAAUCAAUUGUCAACGCAGAAGAACACCCCUGCAGUUCAAAAUAUCGAAGUAGCAUUUGUCGACGGACGUCUUCGGCAUGCAGGAGGUGCGGAAAAUUCGACUUCGUGGCUGAAGAUGGUCGCGCUCGCCGAAGAUUGCCAGAGCUGCAACGUUCUUUUAGUUCUGGCGGAAAAGGGAGUCGUUCUAAAAACGAUCCGGAGGAUCGCCCCCGGUGAAGAACUCCUCAUGUGGUUUACGGAAAAUAUCUUGGCGAUGAUGAACAUGCCAUUUUUAACACCGGCAAACAUUCAGGGCCAGAAUCGAUACGUGUGCCAUCAAUGCCACGUUCUUUUCGAGUAUCCGAACCCCUUGAAAGUUCACCUCGCGCUUCAUUGCGAUCGUUUCGAACGAAGCUAUCUGUGGACAAUGUUGGCCAAGGAAUUCGACAAAGUUUCUGCGCCGAAUUUAUCCCUGAACAUAAUGCCACCGUCGAUGACGCUCUUCCAAUUCACGCUAACCGGUUCGCCUCAGACAUCGCCACGGCAAAAUUCGCCCAAUCUCGCGGACACCGUAGACAGCGCGUCGCCGAGUCAUUCGCCGAAUUCAUCGACGCGAAUUUCUCCAGUCGCCGAAAACCUCAGUCUACGACAUUCCGCGUUCAAACCCUACCUUCAACCUACGUUGCAAAAUAACAACGCGGUACCGAUUUACGCGCCGGAAGUGAGAACCUGCGCCCCCCGGAUGGUCCAGCCUUCCUAUCAAGUACCGCAGACGCAAAUAGCACCGGAAUUACACGCUGCCCAGAUGGAAACGAUCGUGAGCAAUCUAGGAAAAUCGAAACAGGGACACCUCUGCAUCUACUGCGGGAAAGUUUACUCCAGAAAAUAUGGACUCAAAAUUCACAUAAGAACCCACACUGGAUAUAAACCGCUGAAGUGCAAGUAUUGCUUGAGGCCAUUCGGCGACCCCAGUAAUCUAAACAAACACGUACGACUACACGCCGAAGGAGAUACGCCCUACAAGUGCGAGCUUUGUGGAAAAGUCCUGGUGAGAAGAAGGGACCUCGAACGUCACAUAAAAUCAAGACAUCAGGAAGCGGCGGAACAGCUGGAAUUGUCGGAUGCGUCAUCCGAUAGCAUGGAUGUUGAAUGAUUGACUUUUUCGCAUAGCGAUUAUUUUUUUUAAACCCUCGACAAUAAUAUCGACGUGAACAAAAUCUAUACGUUCGGCCCGAAAGUGAAUUAUCAAAAUUGCACGUAAAGGCCAUCGUGGCGGCGCCGUAAUAAAUGCGAUUACGAGUUUAAAUUACGUUUAGAAAAAUUUUAGGAAAUGUAGUACGCUCGACGAUUGCUCAGUAUAUUUUUGAGAAGAUGGACAGAUUUUUGAAAAGAUUUUAUACCGAAUGUGCCAUAUAAUCAGAGCAUGUGCUAGUCACUGCAAUGUAGUUAUCUGUACAUAGGAUUGUUAUUUAUUUAUAGAAAUACUUGUAAAUAUGAUUAUUUCGGAUGUAGGGGAUCGGUAGAAUCUCGACACUUUAUAGGAGAAUUCGAUUGACUAUCAGUUGGGAUGAAACUGAGAAUUGUAAAUAUAUUAUUCGGUAAUGAAUUCGAAAUUCUGUAAAUGGCCAGUAAAUAAUAUGUCAUUUCUGUACAGAAAUACGACUCGGUUGAAUGACAGAGCUCCCCCUGAAAAACAUCCUUGAAAUUUCUUGGUAUAUUUUUAAGUGUAUAACAGGUAUGCAUACUCCUAAUUAUGUCAAAGAAUUCUGGAUGAAGAAUUGAAUCUGACGUCGUAAUUGAAAAGGAAUCGAAGACCUGAAACUUUGUGCCUCUGGUACGUCAG